GCGUUCCGCGGCGCGGCCUACCAUUUAUCUGUCAAAACUGGUGACGGUCGGCCGAUCGGCAAUGAACCGGCUUAUGCGUGCUUGUUGAUUGUUUUUGCGCCGAGGUUUUUAGGUUAUCUAAACGAAUACAUUACCGAAAGACGUGCGUGUACGUUUUGUGCGUUCAACAUUGGGUUUCCCGAGCGGCGGCACAAACGCAUCGAUCGUGAGUGUACUUUGAAUACUUUAGUUGAUUAUUAUUAUUAUGUGAUCGUGAAUCAGGAAGGGCCGAGAAGAAAUACAAAGAGCAAGCGUCAACACCGAAGAGGGAAAAAAAGAAAGCAAGAUGCGAAACAUUCGAGGCAAUGUUUUCUGCUAUCUCAUCGUGGCACUGCUUUUUCUAGCGCCAUCCAGUUACGCAGAUGUUUCAGCCGAAAAUGCGACGACAAGCCAAUUUCAACGAUGCGACAUCAACAAAGCGACGGAUCAGUGUGGCGAAAACGAAAGAUGCUUUAAAAAUUCGGAGAACGAAGAAGCACAAUGCAGAUGCGUGAGAGGUUUCGAAGCGGACGGAGGCCAGUGUGUCCAGGUUACUACAUUUCGCAACGUAAUUAUCGAUCAGUCAACGAUCGAAGUCCACUCAGGAGGUAGUUCCAUAGCUGCUGGCUUGUUUAUACUGACUUUCCUCAUAGUAAUGAGCGUGUUACUGUAUUUCGUGGAGAAGCGAUAUAAGUGGUUGCAACGAGUUCGACAGCUUCGUUCAAAUCAUUACGGCAAUGUGCUAGUCACAAGAGACGACGACGACGAUGACGAUUCACCGAUAGCGUAAGCUGGUACCUAAUAGUAAUUAAUACGUGUGCCGUGUACAAAGUGCGAAAGUUUUUAACAAAAGCACGAACUUUAACGCAAAGACGCUCAGUUACACAAUUCAUAAUUUGAAGCGACAAGCUUUGAGUUACCGCUGCGUGGAUCGCCUUACCGAAUAACCGCAAUAAAAAUCUAGUACCGGUUCAUGUCCAAUUCCCUCGUCUUUCCGGGCGAGUUGUAAGGAAAUUUCGAUCGAUUUCUCUAUCGAUUUCUAUCGAGUUCUAUAGGCAACGUAUUUAACCGCUUAUACCUCCGUGAUCGUGACUUGGACUAUUCGACAUUUCGAGAAUCGAACAUUGAACGUCGCGCAUGAACGUCUUCUCUUGGAGCUUGUUACGCUUAGGGAACAAUAUUGUGUAACUCUGUGUACCUAUAUAUGGAGGGAAGGUUUAGAUACCAGGUAUGUGCGAAGCAAAAUAUCGUCGAACUGAAUUAAGAGGCUAAAUGUAAACGAGUGUUAGUGUAAGUAGACGCGUUUUAUGCCGAUAAACACAAAUCUUUCAUCUUUGAACGUGUAAAACAUAUCCAUUCACAUGGUAAUUACACAUAUGUACGUUUCUAAAGGUAAAAAGACGUUUCAUUGACGACCAUAUUGGCAGCGUUAUUGAUAAUCUCACGAUAUUUAUGUCGCUAUUAUUUAACGAUUGAAAAUGGAGAACAUUUGCAUAAGAAUACCGCUACUUACACGAUCACUGAUUCUACGUUUAUAUAUAAUACAAUGGUUAUAAAGGAUACGGGAUAACUGACUGCGGUUUCGAUAGUUUGUAAGAACAUAUUGAAAGCAUAAUUUUUUACGAUAACGUUAAGAAGCUGGUCAGUAAACUUUAACACGUUAUUGAUAUGUUGUAUAAAAUCGGCGAUUAUCGGCCCAUCUUUCGCUGUAUACAAAAUUUAGCAUGAAUUACACAUUUACAUUCUCAACUGUAUCUUCGAUCAUGCAAUGAAAUUUGUGCGUGCGACGCGAUUAAACGUCGAUCCGAUAAUUUUAUAGACUGUCUUCCUUUGCAAGAUUGCGUAUAAAUUUAUAUUAUUGUUUGCCAACGCUGAAACUUUUUGGAAACCGACGAUACAUUCGGGAUAUCGAAUCGUGUCGCGUGGAUAAAGUUUUACCGUUUUCUCUGAAUGUCUUGUUCUUUCGAGGAUAACUCUCAAACGGAUGUCGCUUUACCAAAGAAUAAACAUUUCAGAAUCUAAAUUACGAUAUACAUGCGUGCCAGCUGCAAGCAAAGGCAUCCCUUUGUUACACGUAUAUAUGUCAUUUUAUAAUCCUAAUUAAUUAAUAAUAUAUAUUGCGUAUAGUACACUGUCUACCGCAUAAUUACCAUAUAUUAUGUAAUAUAUAAUUAACUAAUUAUCAUUAAAAUUCAUUCUGUCAUGUAUGAUUAGUACACUCCCUAGAUAUUCCUGCAAUGUUAUUAAUUAACCGCGAGGGGAGUCGAUGAAUUUUGUCUUUGUUACGAGUCGAAGGGAGUUAACUUUUAAACUGCAAGACGUUUAGACAUUGCUACACUCAUACCAAAAGAACGUUGCAUUUCUUAUCGCGCUCGGUAUUGUUUUUGUAAUAUAAAGAAAUUUGUAAAUAACUUUCCGCCAUUCCGCGGGUGCGUAUUCUUGCCAGCCAAUCAGUCUCUUUCCUAUAGCGUAUAAUAAUCUAAUUGUGAUUCUGAGGAAAAUCGCAUAUACAUACACGAAUAU